ACAUCUUAGCACAGCCUAGUUUGAGUCACUUCCCUCAUUGCCGCACCCAGAGCUCCUGUGCUGAAGUUUAACACAUGCCUGAGCUCUGAACAAACUCUUCUCGUUCCCACAACGGCUGUGACUGUCUCAUCAUAUCCACACACCUAGCAGGAUGCCUCUUGGAGGUGGAAACAAAUGUGGCUGCUGCCAGAAAACAGUGUAUUUUGCAGAGGAAGUGCAAUGUGAAGGGCGGAGCUUCCACAGAUCCUGCUUCCUGUGCAUGGUUUGCAGGAAAAAUCUAGACAGCACCACGGUGGCCGUCCAUGAGAAUGAGAUCUACUGCAAGGCCUGUUAUGGCAAAAAAUAUGGGCCCAAAGGCUAUGGCUACGGCGCUGGUGCAGGAACUCUGAGCAUGGACAAAGGAGAGUCACUAGGCAUUAAAGCUGUGGAGCCUCAAAAUCACCAACCAACCAAUAACCCCAACACAUCCAAGUUUGCUCAGAAGUUUGGCGGCUCUGAUGUUUGUCCGCGGUGUAGCAAGGCUGUAUAUGCGGCUGAAAAAGUCAUAGGGGCAGGAAAUGCAUGGCACAGGGGUUGUUUCCGAUGUGCAAUGUGCGGAAAAGGUCUGGAAUCUACAACUUUAGCUGACAAGGAUGGAGAAAUAUAUUGCAAAGGUUGCUAUGCCAAAAACUUUGGACCCAAGGGCUUUGGAUACGGUCAAGGCGCUGGUGCUCUUUCACACACUCAAUAGAUAAGCAUGACACAACUUACCCCACAUUCCCAAAUCGCUCGAUCUGUUGAAGCAUCCGAACACUUCCUGCUCAUGUCCAAGUGCGUGUGCAUGUCAGUGUCUUCAUGCUGGAGAAGGAAACCAGAGUCCAGAUGCUUCUGUCUAAGAUGACACAUUCCACAAGACAUCACGUCACAGUCAUAAACAUCUUAUUAACUCUAGAAAUGCUUGGAGGAACCUUAACACAAGAUGAGAUUAACAUUUAACCUGCUCACCUAAGAUGAUCACUCGAGCUUGCACGGAUUUAGUGGAAUCUGAGCUCUGAUGUCAGAUCUGCAUACCAGUUUACUAGUUCAUCACAUGCUUGUUUGAGCUUUAAUCACUCAAAAGAAUGUUUGCUUCAACUCUGUUUUCAAAGCAUGAAAAUAUUCUUAAGAUCUUCCAGAUGCACUAAAUAUAUUCCGCUGUCAGUGGAAAUGCAUCACACAAAUGCAUUCAGCAUGUAUUUUAAUGUAAGUAAAAUUACAAGUAUGCAUAAUUUUGGUGUGUUUUUUUUUAUUAUUUGUGACUGAUAAACUGACUAGUUGUUGCAUUGCCAACUUCAGUGUACGUUUCUAGCUGAUAGCAUUUAUUGCUAAUUAUUCUUGUUGCACCUACAAUCUACACACAUCCUGUUCUGUUCUUUUUGUAGCAGGGUGUGUUUUUUUUUUUUGUUUUUUUUUAAUAGAUUAGCUAUGUUAGCAGACACUUUCUCCUAAAGCAGGGGUGCCCAAACUUGGCCCUGGAGGGCCGGUGUCCUGCAAAGUUUAGUUCCAACCCUUGUCAGACACACCUGGGCUAGCUAAUCAAGCUCUUAUGCUGCAGUCACACUAGAGUUUAAGCUUGUGAAAUUCUGUUGUAUGGCUCUGCGAAAAGGGAUUAAACAACAUGACAUUUAUAAAAGCGAGCGAUUGCUCCAUAUUUAAAAAAAAUUUCCAGAGAGGUCAUGUUUUGAUCCUCGAUUGGUCUCACGCUGUCAAGUGAUGCCAUUUUGCAGGUCAGAGUUCACCAAGCUAGAACUUAGCAACGCAGUGAACUGCGAAACUUAACACAUGAAUUUGUGUUUCCGCUCUGAUGCAUUCACAUGCGUAUGAAUAGAAGUCUAAAAGUCCAGUGUGACAGCAGCUUUAAUAGGCUUUCUAGAAACAUCCAUGCAGCUGUGUUGAGGCAAGUUGGAGCUAAAUCUGCAGGACACCGGCCCUCCAGGACAGAGUUAUGGCACCCCUGACCUAAAGCAACUAAUAUUGCAUUCAAGGUACUUAUUUUAUCAGUGCUUGAUAGGCUUUACAAUUUGAGCUACAGAGGGGCUGCUAUCAAUAAAACUUUCAAGAACCAAGAA